UGCGGCUAUCAAGGAGAAACGCAUGAUUGCUGCGAUGGCUGUGUUCUUUGAGGUAAGACUGGGCUGUGUUUUUGUUUGAGAAGUUCUGUUGGUCUCAGUUGUUCCCAAACACAAUGAAACAGGAGGGUAGAGGGUAGGAAUACAGGACUCAUUGGGAAAUAUGAACAACAGUAGUGGAUACACUGAUCGAAAGCUGCUUGCUCUCCUGAGGCACAUCUUUCUUCCUUGUCCUCUCUUUCCUUCCAACUUCCCAUAUCCCUAUUAUACAUACAGUGCAUUCGGAAAGUAUUCAGACCCCUUCACUUUUUCCACAUUUUGUUACGUUACAGCCUUAUUAAAAAAUUGAUUCAAUUGUUUUUUUCCCUCAUCAAUCAACACACAUUACCCCAUAAUGACAAAGCAAAAACGGAAAAAUCACAUUUACAUAAGUAUUCAGACCCUUUACUCAGUACUUUGUUGAACCACCUUUGGCAGUGAUUACAGCCUCGAGUCUUCUUGGGUAUGACACUACAAGCUUGGCACACCUGUAUUUGGGGAGUUUCUCCCAUUCUUCUCUGCAGAUCCUCUCAAGCUCUGUCAGGUUGGAUGGGGAGCGUCGCUGCACAGAUAUUUUCAGGUCUUUCCAGAGAUUGGGUUCAAGUCCGGGCUCUGGCUGGGCCUCUCAAGGACAUUCAGAGACUUGUCCCGAAGCCACUCCUGUGUUGUCUUGGCUGUGUGCUUAGUCUCGUUGUCCUGUUGGAAGGUUAACCUUCGCCCCAGUCUGAGGUCCUGAGCGCUCCUGAGCAGGUUUUCAUCAAGGAUCGCUCUGUACUUUGCUCCGUUCAUCUUUCCCUCGACCAUGACUCGACUCCCAGUCCCUGCCGCUGAAAAACAUCCCCACAGCAUGAUGCUGCCACCACCAUGCUUCAUCGUAGGGAUGGUGCCAGGUUUCCUCCAGAUGUGAUGCUUGGCAAGGAGUCUCAUGGUCUGAGACUCCUUUAGGUGCCUUUUGACAAACUCCAAGCGGGCUGUCAUGUGCCUUUUGCUGAGGAGUGGCUUCCGUCUGGCCACUAGUGCUGCAGAGAUGGUUGUUCUUCUAGAAGGUUGUCCCAUCUCCACAGAGGAACUCUGGAGCUCUGUCAGAGUGACCAUCGGGUUCUUGGUCAUCUCCCUGACCAAGGCACUUCCCCCCCUAUUGCUCAGUUUGGCCAGGCGGCCAGCUCUAGGAAGAGUCUUGGUGGUUCCAAAGUUCUUCCAUUUAAGAAUGAUGGAGGCCACUCUGUUCUUGGGGGCCUUCAAUGCUGCAGAAUUUUUUUUGUACCCUUCCCCAGAUCUGUGCCUCGACACAAUCCUGUCUCGGUGCUCGACGGACAAUUCCUUCGACCUCAUGGCUUGGUUUUUGCUCUGACAUGCACUGUCAACUGUGGGACCUGAUAUAGACAGGUGUAUACCCUUCCAAAUCAUAUCCAAUCAAUUGAAUUUACCACAGGUGGACUCCAAUCAAAUUGUAGAAACAUCUCAAGGAUGAUCAAUGGAAACAGGAUGCAUCUGAGCUCAAUUUCGAGUCUCAUAGCAAAGGGUCUGAAUACUUAUGUAAAUAAUCUAUUUCUGUUUUUUAUUUUAAAUACAUUAGCAAAAUAAAAUCCAAAAAUCUGUUUUCGCUUUGUCAUUAUGGGGUAUUGUUCUACAGCUGAGGAUUUUUAUUUUAUUUAAUCCAUUUUAGAAUAAGGCUGUAACGUAACAAAAUAUGGAAAAAGUCAAGGGGUCUGAAUACUUUCCGACAGCACUGUAAAGUGUAGAUAAACUAUUCUACUAUGUGGUUGUCUGAUUCUUCUAUUCAUAACUCGUUUUGGUUCCAGAGGAAAAGUAAAUAUGGACUGUUCUAGCAUCUUCAUCUUUUUUUUUCAUGUUCCAUAUUUUUGGGCGUGGUGGCUAGGAUUUAGCCACAGUAAAGUGACUGCAGCGGAAACACUGGUUCUAUUUCUAUUAUAUUGAUGUGGUCUAUUACUUAGAAGCACUCUAUCGUAACACUCAGGGCCACACAGACAAAGUGGCCGGGACCGUUCCUCUCUGACAGAGAGGCAGGCAAGUUGGAAUGGGGACACAGGUGUUUCUAGGUCUGUGGAUAGACAGUGACGGACCUUGUGUGUGUGAAGACCUAAAUGCUACCACUGUGUUUCUGACAGCCCUGUCGCUUACAGCAAUUAGCAUCAGCGCGCGCACACAUGUAUCCAGCUGAAAGAGCAGGAAACACACAUACACACAGACACACCAGUUUACCAUAUCUAAUCGAGCUGCAUUUGGGCUCCCUGAGGGUGUGUGAAUGGUCACUAAGGGGUUCAUGUUAUUAUCCACAUUCAGCACUUAGUUACAGACUAUUACUCUCAUUGGACUGACCUGAAUUAGGAAUGGGAAGGAAGAGGAGGAGGAGGAGUGGUCCCCAUGUCCCAACACGGUUUUAUUCCCCCGUAGUGUAAAUAGGACAUUGGGAAUGUUGGUAAUAAAUGUGAUACGUGUACUGAACUGAGUGUGGGUACUGUAACUGCUGUUCUGGGCUGUCCUGUAAAAGAGCCUGUCUCUUGUUUGUUGUCUUCAGGUGGGGUGGAGAGACAAUCCAGCCGUAGAGCCCAUCAUCCAGGGACUGAAACGGGUUGUACACCACGGUGAGUACACCUGGCACUCACACUACUACUGUCACUCUCUCUCUCUGUGUUCUUCUAAAAAGGACAUUGGCUUUAUCACUUUCGCUAUAAUUCAUAAUAAUAAUCUACCAACUGAGGUACUCAAAGCUCUUUACAUAGUAAUGGUGAAACUCACCUCAUCCCCAACGACCAUUUUAUGUGCCAGAACGCUCACCACACAUCAGGUGAGGAGUGAUUUAUACCAAUUAGGAGGAUUAUUAGGUGGCCAUGAUGGAAUUAAGUGGCCAUGUCAUUGGGGUUCACACCCCUACUCUUAUGAUAAGUGCCAUGGGAAUUUUAAUGACCACAGAGGGUCAGGACAUCCGUUUAACGUCCCAUCCGAAAGACGGCACCCUACGCAGGGCAUUGACCCCUUCACUGCUUUGGGAUCUGCUUAGCCCUCCAACACCACUUCCAGCAGCAUCUGGUCUCCCAUCCAGCGACCGACCAGGACCAACCCUGCUUAGCUUCAGAGGCAAGCCAGCAGAGGGAUGCAGGGUGGUAUGCUGCUGGCUAUAGAGGGCUUUCAGUCACACACAAGAGCACUCAAUGAAUGUCCUCAAAAAAAUACAACUAAAAAAGAGACAGAGAAAUGAUUUCCCAAGGACAUAGUUGUUGUUGUUUAUGUUGUUUGUGAGGUUAAUGUGAGGUGAUUGCUUCAAACAUCACACAUCUCCCAGACUGUCUAUCUUCAGACAUCACACAUCUCCCAGACUGUCUGUGAAUAGAGAUUCUGCACCUCUCAUCUGGUCUUCCAUCCGUUUGUUCAGGCUUUUGAAGAUACUUAACCUUGGUGUUCAUUAUUAAUCCCACAUUAAAGUCUGACCACAAACUGUGAGCCCAGUCUUACAUCAAGAGGAAGGCAGUACAGCGAGUUACCACCACUCCCUGCUUCUCUCUCUGUGUAGCGCUGCGAAGAAGAGACGGAAAAGUGAAUUGCAUCUAAACCUCAAUUAGUCUCGUUCGCUCACACACACUAACACACACACACAGAGAAUUUACACACACAGCAGCAGCAUCAGAUGCAUGCUCGCUUGCACCAUUAAUGUUUAAUGCUAGGGGGACACAGACAGACGUGCCUAGCUGUGAUGUGUGUUGUCUGAAAGUGGAGUUAGCUGGUGUCACUACAAACAUGAGUUAUGCCGUGUCUCUACCAGCCCGUAUCCGAAUAUGCUUUAGCAUGUUUCCCUAAUCCUCUGCUCCGUCUGCCUAUACAUACAUACACACACACACACACACCGGCCUGAACAAAUUGCCCCUCGGGGAUUAAUAAAGUUGUAUUGUAUUGUAUACGGAGCCAUGCCGCUGUGUCUAUAUGUGUGCGUGCACGCUUUGUGUGUACCAACACAUACGGCUGGGUUAACAAUGUGCUUCUGACGUAGAUCUCUUUAUGUGUGUCCACUCAGAGACAGACCGAGAGAAAACAUAUUAAUGGAAGAAGGGAAUAAACUGAGAGCAUAUGGUCUCUUUACUCAUGCUGAUUCAUCUCACACAACUGGAGCUCCUCCGUGCUUCUCUGGGUCUUUCUCCAAUUCAUUACACUGACUAUCUAUACUGGAUGAUCUGCCAUGGCUGGAACGGGGCUAGAAUGGGGCUAGCAGGCAGGUGGUAUUGCUAGAUUUAGUGGACUAAAAAGCAUGCUCAAUGGAGAAUCUCCAAUGAAAGUGUUUUUUAGACAAGGAAUAGGCCUAUUCCUUAACUCCGGGAAACUGCCCUCUGUGUUGAUCAUUCAGACUUGUGUUGCAUGUUUAAUCCAGAGUCCCACGCUGUUGGGGGAAGGGUUGGGUUGUUGUUCUGAAUGUCCAAGGGAGGCUCCUGGUCCUCUGGCUGGGUACUUAUGUGAGUCCCAAAUGUUACCCUAUUCCCAUAGGGCUCUGGUCAAAAGUAGUGCACUACAUAGGUAAUAGGGUGCAAUUUGGGAUGCACACUAAUAUCCUCUUCUAGCUAGUUGGAGGUGGCGGUGGUGGGCUUUCCGCCAGCUCGUUAGCUUCAGCCAUCCAUCCAUCCAUCCAUUAGCAGGUCUGAGGCAGCACCACCAUACGGCACUAGGCUGUGCUACUACUGAAACAGCCCACGAUGUCGGGAACAGAAAGGGGCUGUGCUGUCUGAGGUCAGGUAGUAGAGAUGCUGUGACUACUGAAACAUCCCACGAUGUCACGAACGGAAAGGGGCUUCCAUUGGGACACGUCUGCUGUACAGUCACGUCCACUGUCUCGUCCCAUGUCCCAUCCACACUCCAUAGUCCACAGUGUGGCGUCCUCUUUAUCCUUCCAUAGUAACCUACAUGACUGUUAGUAGGAUCUCCCUCGUACCUACAUGGCAUGGUUUAUAUCUUAACCCCAAGCUCAGAGUCCUGCUGCCACCACAGAUUGUCUCCAGCUACCACUUUACUACCCCAGAUUGUGACAGCAGCCUCUAAACACAGGAGUAUGUAUCUCCCUGUGGUUACAGCGGGCUACAGCUGCCCAUCGAUGGAUUAGUUGUCAGAGCAGGAGACCUUAUCUGAUCGUCCUCUCCUCCUCUUCCUCUUCCUCUCCUUUCUGCUAAGCCCUGAUGUUGCCAAACAAAUGCCAGAAGGAGGUUUUUAGGCAGGAAAUGUCCCUGUAAAACAGGAUGCCAGCAGUAAAGCAGAAGGAGGUUUUUAGGCAGGAAAUGUCCCUGUAAAACAGGAUGCCAGCAGUAAAGCAGAAGGAGGUUUUUAGGCAGGAAAUGUCCCUGUAAAACAGGAUGCCAGCAGUAAAGCAGAAGGAGGUUUUUAGGCAGGAAAUGUCCCUGUAAACAUGAUGCCAGCAGUAAAGCAGAAGGAGGUUUUUAGGCAGGAAAUGUCCCUGUAAAACAGGAUGCCAGCAGUAAAGCAGAAGGAGGUUUUUAGGCAGGAAAUGUCCCUGUAAAACAGGAUGCCAGCAGUAAAGCAGAAGGAGGUUUUUAGGCAGGAAAUGUCCCUGUAAAACUGGAUGCCAGCAGUAAAGCUCUUAGAGUGAUGUUCCCAAUAACUGGCAGUUGUAAAUAAACACGGAUCCUCCUACCUGAUUUAAAAUAAAAUACUAGUCCUAUGGGUGAUUAUGCACAGUAAAUAAAUUCCCCAUACUCUAAACAUUUGGGGAUUGAAAUAGGCGUAAAGAUACAAUAUAAUGUCAAUAUUUUCUAUUGAAUUAUGUGGGAAUAAUUAUACCUACACUUUGUUUACAGUGUGUGGGUCUCUGAGUGUGCGUGGGUCUCUGAGUGUGUGUGGUGUCUCUGAGUGUGCGUGGGUCUCUGAGUGUGUGUGGGUCUCUGAGUGUGUGUGGGUCUCUAGGUGUGUGUGGGUCUCUGAGUGUGUGUUGGUCUCUGGAUGUGUGUGGGUCUCUGAGUGUGUGUGUGUCUCUGGGUGUGUGUGGGUCUCUGGGUGUGUGUGGGUUUCUGGGUGUGUGUGGGUCUCUGAGUGUGGGUGCGGCUGUGUUUGUGUGUUUCUCUGUGUUGAUGUGUGCAUUCCUGUGCUCUCUCUCCUCUCCCCUAAAUAGAAUGAUGAUAUGUUAGUUUGUGUUUCUCUGUGUUAAUGUGUUUCUUUGUGUUUCUCUGAGUUGAUGUGUGUGUUCCUGUGCUCUCUUUCCUCUCUCCUCUCAAAGAGAAGGAUGCUGUGUUAGUUAGUUUUUCUCCGUGUUUAUGUGUGUAUCUGUUCUGUCUCUCCCCCUUUCAGAGAAGGAGACAUUCCUGAGUCCAUUUAUCCUGAGGGAUCUGCUACCAUCAUUGUUGGGGAGUUACUACCGCUACACAGGCUCUCUCACCAGCCCGCCCUGCAGCAAGGUGGUUGAGUGGAUCAUCUUCUCCAGACCCGUCUUACUCUCCCACUCACAGGUCAGUUAAACAUGCACGCACACACACACACACACACACAUUUUGGGGAGUAAAAAUAUAUUCCCAUUCAAAAUCCUAUUUUCCCUAACCCUAAGCCUAACCCCUAACUCCUAACCCUAAACCUAGCCCUUAAGCCUAAAAUAGCAUUUUAACAAAUUCAGGGCUUGAAAAAAACCUACCAUGUCAGAACAUUCUGGUGACUUGUUAGGAUAUUCUGGUCCUGAUAAGGUAGGAAAACAUGUACACACACACACACACACACACUAUCAUCUCGGCUUGGGCGGUAUACCGCAUAUACAGUAUAUUGGGUAUUUGGAAAAAGCCAUGGGAUGGUUUUUCAAUACCAUCAAUACAAUUGAAACAACAUUUUUUCAUUUCAACUGUAACAUUAUUUGAAGCUUACGGUAGUCCCCAGUCACAUGGUGUUUGUUUACAAGCACACAAGGACAAGAGUCCUGAGCCUUGUGAGUGACUCAUGGUUGUGCAGUGCCAGGUAAUCUAAUUACAGUAUGGAAUGAACAACUAAAUGUUUACCAGCUAGAUAUCUUAUAACUAUUAAGUUAACUAUCUAAAAGGUGCUAAAUGCUCUGCAGUUGUGCAUUUGGCUUGAUUUAGUAGCUAGUUAGCUAUCUAGCUGUGGUUAGCUUCUUCCAAAAUCAAGCAUUCGCUUGGUAACAGCAGAGAAUCCCCUCCUGGAUCAAGAGCCUUGCUGGCUAAUAUUUGUUUUGUGUGUGCAGCAAACUGUGAGUAGCAUUGUUGAGUUACUUGUAUACUUGUAUAGUUUAGGUCAGAAACUGUACAAUAUGUUUGCAAUGCGCUUGUUACCAUUUAGUUAGCAUUCUCUAUGGGAUUUGACAUGUACUUGUUAGCAUUGCUAAACUUCGGAUUACAGAGUAUCAUUGGGGUUUGAACAUAGCGCCCUUUGUGUUCAGUGCCGGUCUUACCGGAUAUUCUGGUAUGGGACAAGGUUGAUAUGAAGGUAUGACAAUUUGGAGAAGCUUACUAUCAUCCCUCUGUUUCUAUACACCAACCUGCUCCUCCCCUCUUCCCCUACUCCCUUCCUCCUCCUACCCUUCCUCUCCUCCCUCCUCCUUCUCUUCCUAUGUGUAUAAAACAUUAACUGCCUAUGUGGUGGGUGAUUAAACGGGUGUAGCCAAUUACUGCUACAGUAUGUGAAUUAUAGUGGCUGUGAACACAUGCAAACAGACUGGCUGCGGGCAGCUACAGGCUUUUAAAUUCCUUCUGACACCAGGUUGACUAUCACACUAAAUACUGGAGGUGACUGCAUAUUUACUGCAAAUGACCUCUCCUACCAUUACCUACACAUCACACCACGCAAUCUCCCAGCUGCUUUAUAAAUAUACUGCUGCUAUAGAAAUAAUAAAAUAUAGCACAUCAAGUGCUUGGCUUUGAAUAAUCCUUUCUGGGCGGCAGGUAGCUUAGUGGUUAAGAGCGUUGUGCCAGUAACCGAAAGGUCGCUGGUUCUAAUCCCCGAGCCGACUAGGUGAAAAAUCUGUCGUUGUGCCCUUGAGCAAGGCACUUAACCCUACUUGCUCCUGUAAGUCGCUCUGGAUAAGAGCGUCUGCUAAAUGACUAAAAUGUAAAAAAAAUGUAAUAAGACAUGGUCUUAUGAUCUUAUUUCGAUUAUCUUACUAUGUGCAACGCUUGGUUAUAUACACAUAUAUUUACAUAUCUCCUUGAGUGUACAUUGUAUAUUUGAAGAGCUCCGGACGAGAUUUGUCCACAAACCUGCAGCAGAGGACAAAUCCUUUGUUGUGUAUUGGAUCACUGGACGUAGAGUAUUGACUGUGUACUGCAAUGUUUCAUGGCGUUCAUAGAUGGUCUCUUAUGAAUACAUAAUUCAUUUUUCCGUGCGUCCAUAGAAGACAUUGAUUCUAGCCAAUCUUUAAUGGUUAGUCAUUACAAUGCUCUGCAGGACGUCAGUCAAAGAGAUCGAUGGCAGCAACUUUGCCCCUUUGAAAUGUUACACACUCCUGGAGCCAGUCGAGCAGAACAGAGGCACGUUUAUGUCCUUUGCUUCAGGGACACACAUACACAUACACAUGCACCCCCUCCACCCAACACACACACACACGAAACAAUCACACGCACACUCACACACUGCUUCUGCCUUACUGAAACCUAUCCCUCUCUCUCUCUCUUCUGUGUCUAGCUGGAGGCAUUCUACUCCAUCUUCACCACAGAGCAGCAGGACCAUGUGAAGUCAGUAGAGUACCUGAGGAACAACUACAGACCACUCCAAGACCUGGACAACAGGGAGGUAUUGAAGUCCGCUGUUAAAGACGCCUGGCAGAGGGACCUGACUGACAGCCUGGGAUUGGGUACAGACGGCAUCACAGACGCAUCCAGAGGUACCACACUAUACGCUCUCUUACAGUCAGUCAGUUAGUUAGUCACCAGACACAUCCAGAGGUACCACUACACCUGAUCUGAUCUGACCUUACGCUACUUCUCACCAUGUCACUCGGUCUUUCACUUAGUGCCUGUCAUUUAUCUAUACCAGCAUUUCCCAAACUCGGUCCUGGGGACCCCUAGGGGUACACAUUUAGUUUUUUGCCCUAACACUACACAGCUGAUUCAAAUUAUCGAAGCUUGAUGAUUAGUUGAUUAUUUCACUCAUAUUCACUCAUAAGUUUAUUAAUUCAAUCAGUCUUUCAGUUGUUUAUUGCCUUUCUUUGUCUUUGUAUGAAAUAUUUUUUCUUACUUUAUUUUGCAUUACAAACAUUGUUAGUUGAGGCUCCGCUAAAACCGGUCGAGUCCAUCCAGAAAGGCCCCUGCCUCUUUAAACAUUGGCUGUCUUUGUUUUGAGUGUGGCUGGCAGAGAGAAUUGAAUGGGAGUGAUUGUGAUGAAGUGGUAGCUAGCGCUGUAAUGGGCUACAUGACUGAGUAAUCAUCAUUAAUAUGCAUACAAAAAAUUGUCAUACAAAUGAAGUUGUGAAAUCGCUCUGUCUCGCUCUCAUCUUUCUUCCAUUUCCUUUCCCAUCUCCCUUUCUCUCAUAAUAGACGUAUCCUCUCUGAUCCCUGGGUCUAGUAAUAUAUAGAUAUGUAGAGUAUAAUAGCCCUUCUCCUCCUCUCUGAUCUCCUCUCCUCCUCUCUGCUCUUCUCUCAUCCACUCUGCUCUCCUCCUCUCCUCUCUGCUCACCUCCUCUCUCCUCUCCUCCUUUUUGAUCUCCUCUCUCCUCUCCUCCUCUCUGCUCUUCUCUCUACUCUCCUGCUCACCUCUGACCUCUGCUCUCCUCUCUGCUCUCUGCUCUCCUCCUCUCUGCUCUCCUCCUCCCUGCUCUCCUCCUCUGUCCUCCUCUGCUCUGCUCUCCUCUCUGCUCUCCUAUCCACUCCUAUAUGCUCUCCUUGGCUCUCCUAUCUUCUCUCUUCUCCUCUGCUCUCCUCUCAUCUGCUCUCCUCUGCUCUCCUCUCAUCUGCUCUCCUCCUUUCUGCUCUCCUCUCCUCUCUCCUCUUCUCUGCUCUCCUCCUCUCUGCUCUCCACUCUGCUCUCCUCUCUGCUCUCCUCUCCUCCUCUCCUCUUCGCUCCUAUCCUCUCCUCCAUCUCUCACCCAACCUAACCCUCUCCUCACACCCUACCUCCAUUUCAUGUAUACAUAAUUCACACUAUUUUCACAUAAUUUUUUCAGUGGAAUAACGGAGCAAUGUAAGACCGAAAAUGUAGAGCUUCCUGCCUUGACACUGGUUGUAGACAGCCUCUGAAUCCAUUGUCUAGUCACUCAACACUCCAUGCGCAGACAGACAGACAUACUGACGGCCACAUGGAUACAGAUGCCUUUCUGGUGACCAUACUGUGGCCUACAUCACCACCUUGAGGUUAUGUAUAGUACUGCAGCCAUACAGUGUGUGAGUGAGUGAGUGAGUGAGUCAUCCUCUGAUCUAUUCUCUAGUACCACAGAUGAGACGACUGACUCACUUAAAUAUAGAACCACAGAAGAUUACUAAAGUAGUCAACAACACCACACACGCCUGACUCCUGUUUCAGAUGUAUCAUACACACUGGUCCCUCUAUUCCUCCACUCCUCCAAUCCUUCGUCCCACCUUCCUACAUCCCUCUGUCUCUCUAGCCCUCCACCCAUCCAUCCCUACUUCCUCCAUCUCUACAUCCCUCUGUCUCUCUAGCCCUCCACCCUUCCAUCCCUACUUCCUCCAUCUCUACAUCCCUCUGUCUCUCUAGCCCUCCACCCUUCCAUCCCUACUUCCUCCAUCUCUACAUCCCUCUGUCUCUCUAGCCCUCCACCCUUCCAUCCCUACUUCCUCCAUCUCUACAUCCCUCUGUCUCUCUAGCCCUCCACCCUUCCAUCCCUACUUCCUCCAUCUCUACAUCCCUCUGUCUCUCUAGCCCUCCACCCUUCCAUCCCUACUUCCUCCAUCUCUACAUCCCUCUGUCUCUCUAGCCCUCCACCCUUCCAUCCCUACUUCCUCCAUCUCUCCAUCCCUCUCUCUCUAUCCCGCCAUCCCUCCUUCCUCCAUCCCUCUAUCUCCGUCUCUCCACACCUCCAUCCCUCUAUCGCUCCAUCCAGUACCCUAGAGACUGGUUGGUUGGACUAUACCAGAGCCCUGUGUGUUGAGGCUCAAGGCUAGUGUCUUUAUGAGCUUAUGUUUUCUUUCAGUCUGGUUAAAGCUGGUCCUCUGGAAACCAACGGCUGGGUGAGUCAGCAGUCAGACAGUAAUAAAAUAUGUAGUUUCUCCUCAGGCUGUCUGCCUGCGACCCACGCACGUAACACAUACACACACCUUGCCAUUAUCAGAUCAGACUGAGAGCUGGUGAGAUGUAAACACAGCCUGCAGUCCGCCGCUCCGAGCGAGUCCUUUUAUUUUUACCUGUUUGUUUGUCUGUGUCACCAUCAUCGUUUCAUUAAUCAGAAAAACACUUCUCAAGGCUCUCUCUCUCUCGCUCUUUCUCUUUCUUUCUCUUUCUUUCUCUCUCUAUCUUUUCCUAUCCUCUUCCGCCCAGGGUGGUUUUUAUUGUCUUAUAAAUCAUUUCUUUACCGUUUUCUCUCUCAAUCCAUCCGUCUCCUCAUUCCUCUUCCCUCUCUUUCACCCCUCCUUCCCUCUCCAUUCUGAUUUUCCUCCCUCAACCCCUCCCUCCUUCCCCCCCACCUCCCUCCCUCACCAGUCUGCAGCAGUGCCCCAAUCAACAUGAAGAUCCAGCCGCUGAACGGCACUGCCCUGGUGGUGAGCUGGCAGCGCCCGCUAGUGGUCUACCACCCGCCUAUCACCAGCUUCAUGGUCUCCUACAGCUGGGUGAAGAGCGACGUGGCCUACGAGAAGACCUUCACCAAGACUGGAGACCAGAACAUGGUGAGACACACAGACAGAGAACACUGUACAGACUGUCAGUCGGUCACAGUCACCUGGCUGGAAAUAGACACUCCAGGUCUGUCUGUCACAAAUCAAAUCACAUUUUAUUUGUCACAUGCUUGGUAAACAACAGGUUUAGACUAACAGUGAAAUGCUUCCUUACGGGCUCUUCCCAACAAUACAGAGAUACAUUUUUUUUUAGAAAUAAUAGAAAUCAUAAUAACACAUGAAUACACAAUGAGUAACGAGAACUUGGCUAUACAGUAUACAUGGGGUACCAAUUUGUAAGUCGCUCUGGAUAAGAGCAUCUGCUAAAUGAUGUAAAUGUAAAUGUACCAGUACCGAGUCGAUGGGUACGAGGUAAUUGGGGUAGAUAUGUAUAUAUUCAGAAAGUAUUCAGACCCCUUGACUUUUUCCACAUUUUGUUACGUUACAGCCUGAUUCUAAAAUGAAUUAAAUAAAUAGAAAUCCUCAGCAAUCUGCACACAAUACCCAUAAUGACAAAGCAAAAACAGGUUUUUAGAAAUGUUUGCUAAUAAAAAACAGAAAUAUCUUAUUUACAUAAGUAUUCAGACCCUUUGCUAUGAGACUCCAAAUUGAGCUCAGGUUCAUCCUGUUUCCAUUGAUCAUCCUAGAGAUGUUUCUACAACUUGAUUGGAGUCCACCUGUGGUAAAUGAAAUUGAUUGGACAUGAUUUGGAAAGGCACACACCUGUAUAUAUAAGGUCCCACAGUUGACAGUGCAUGUCAGAGCAAAAACCAAGCCAUGAGGUCGAAGGAACUGUCCGUGGAGCUCUGGGACAGUGUCGAGGCACAGAUCUGGGGAAGGGUACCAAAACAUUUCUUUAGCAUUGAAGGUCCCCAAGAACACAGUGGCCUCCAUCAUUCUUAAAUGGAAGAAGUUUAGAACCACCAAGACUCUUCCUAGAGCUGGCCGCCUGGCCAAACUGAGCAAUCGGGGGAGAAGGGCCUUGGUCAGGGAGGUGACCAAGAACCUGAUGUUCACUCUGACAGAGCUCUAGAGUUCCUCUGUUGAGAAGGGAGAACCUUCCAGAAGGACAACCAUCUCUGCAGCACUCCACCAAUCAGGCCUUUAUGGUAGAGUGGCCAGACGGAAGCCACUCCUCAGUAAAAGGCACAUGACAGACCGCUUGGACUCUCAGACCAAGAGAAACAAUUCUCUGGUCUGAUGAAACCCAGAUUGAACUGUUUGGCCUGAAUGCCAAGUGUCACGUCUGGAGGAAACCUGGCACCAUCCCUACGGUGAAGCAUGGUGGUGGCAGCAUCAUGCUGUGGGGAUGUUUUUCAGUGGCAUGGACUGGGAGACUAGUCAUGAUCGAGGCAAAGAUGAACGGAGCAAAGUACAGAGAGAUCCUUGAUGAAAACCUGCUCCAGAGCGCUCAGUACCUCAGACUGGGGCGAAGGUUCACCUUCCAACAGGACAACGACCCUAAGCACACAGCCAAAGCAACGCAGGACUGGCUUCUGGACAAGUCUCGGAAUGUCCUUGAGUGGCCCAGCCAGAGCCCGUACUUGAACCUGAUCGAAUAUCUCUGGAGAGACCUGAAAAUAGCUGUGCAGCAACGCUCCCCAUCCAACCUGACAGAGCUUGAGAGGAUCUGCAGAGAAGAAUGGGAGAAACUCCCCAAAUACAGGUGUGCCAAGCUUGUAUCAUCAUACCCAAGAAGACUCAAGGCUGUAAUCACUGCCAUAGGUGCUUCAACAAAGUAAAGAGUAAAUGGUCUGAAUACUUAUGUAAAUGUUAUAUUUCUGGUUUUAAUUUUGUAUAGAUUAGGAACAUUUUCAAAAAAAACUGUUUUGCUUUGUCAUUAUGGAGUAUUGUGUGUAGAUUGAUGAGGAAAAAAAUGUUUUAGUCAAUUUUAGAAUAAGGCUGUAACCUAACAAAAUGUGGGAAAAGUCAAGGGGUCUGAAUACUUUCCGAAGGCACUGUAGGUAGGGAUAAAGUGACUAGGCAAAAUAGUUAGUGCAAAAAAGGGUCAAUGCAGAUAGUCCUGGGAAGCUAUUUUGUUAACAAUUUGGCAGUCUGAUGGAUUGGGGGUAGAAGCUGUUCAGGGUCCUGUUGGUUCCAGACUUGUGCAUCGGUACCGCUUGCCAUGCGAUAGAGAGAACAGUCCAUGACACACACACUGCACUGAGACUCCCACAGUGAUGUGUCUGAUGGGCAAAACUCCCUCAAGUCUAAUGUGUCAGUGAGAGGUGAAAUGGUCUCAUACCAUCACUGUAACGUGUGAUCUCAGUUAAAUUUUCUUUUUAAAGCAUGGCAGUCUUCUCAUUCAGCCAGUGAUUGUUGUUGAUAUAAUUCAUGCCUUCACGUUAGUUUCCAACUUGAAUGUGUUGACUAUUUAGACUUGCCAAAUGGAGCCUAACGUGUCCAACUAUGAUGUGUCUAAAUACACUAUAUAUACAAAUGUAUGUGGACACCCCUUCAAAUUAGUGUAUUCGGCUUUUUCAGCCACACCCGUUACUGACAGGUGUGUAAAAUCGAGCACACAGCCAUGCAAUCUCCAUAGACAAACAUUGACAGUAUAAUAGCCCUACUGAAGAACUCAGUGACUUUCAACGUGGCACCGUCAUAGAAUGCCACCUUUCCAACAAGUCAUAGAAUUUCGGCCAUGCUAAUGCUGCCAGGGUCAACUGUAAGUGCUGUUAUUGUGAAGUGGAAACAUCUUGGAGCAACAAUGGCUCAGCUGUGAAGUGGUAGGCCACACAAGCUCCACAGAACGGGACCGCCGAGUGCUGAAGUGCGUAGCGGGUAAAAAUUGUCCGUCCUCGGUUGCAACACUCACUACCGAGUUCUAAACUGCCUCUGGAAGCAACGUCAGCACAAUAACUGUUCAUCGGGAGCUUCAUGAAAUGGGUUUCCAUGGCCGAGCAGCCGCACACAAGCCUAAGAUCACCAUGCACAAUGCCAAGCUUCAGCUGGAGUGGUGUAAAGCUCGCCACCAUUGGACUAUGGAGCAGUCCGACCAAUCUGGGUUUGGCGGAUGCCAGGAGAACGCUACCUGCCCCAAUGCAUAGUGCCAACUGUAAAGUUUGGUGGUGGAGGAAUAAUGGUCUGGGGCUGUUUUUCAUGGUUAGGGCUAGGCCCCUUAGUUCCAGUGAAAGGAAAUCUUAACGCUACAGCAUACAAUGACAUUCUAGACGAUCCUCUGCUUCCAAGUUUGUGGCAACAGUUUGGGGAAGGCCAUUUCCUGUUUCAGCAUGACAAUGCUGGGGCGGCAGGUAGCGGCAGGUAGCUUAGUGGGUAAGAGCGUUGUGCCAGUAACCGAAAGGUCGCUGGUUCUAAUCCCCAAGCCGACUAGGUGAAAAAUCUGUCGAUGUGCCCUUAAGCAAGGCACUUAACCCUAAUUGCUCAUGUAAGUCGCUCUGGAUAAGAGCGUCUGCUAAAUGACUAAAAAUGUAAAUGUAAAAAAAAAAAUGCCCCCGUGCACCAAGCGAGGUCCAUACAGAAAUGGUUUGUCGAGAUUGGUGUGGAAGAACUUGACUGGCCUUGCCAAAGCCGUGACCUCAACCUCAUCGAACACCUUUGGGAUGAAUUGGAACGCCGACUGCGAGCCAGGCCUAAUCACCCAAUAUCCGUGCCCGACCUCACCAAUGCUGUUGUGGCUGAAUGGAAGCAAGUCCCCGCAGCAAUGUUCCAACAUCUAGUGGAAAGCCUUCCCAGAAGAGUGGAGGCUGUUAUAGCAGCAAAGGGGCAAACUCCAUAUUAUUGCUCAUGAUUUUGGAAUGAGCUGUUCGUCAAGCAGGUGUCCACAUACUUUUGGUCAUGUAGUGUGUAUAUAAAUGAAGCCAGACAGAGAAGGAUUUGGCUGUGAACGAUCAUUUAAAAGGAAUAAACAUGGUCUGCAGGAAAACACUGUCUCAGGAGAGACGAUGCUGAGACGUCCAUCUCUCUUUGCCUACAAUCAAUCACCACCGUCUCGCUCUCUCUCUCUUCCUUUUGCCAUAUCGCCACACUCCCUCAUUCUUCCCUCACGUCAGCCCCCUUUCUCCAUUCUCUGCCCACUUCAUUUCCAUUUUUAUUUUCAAUCUCCGUCCUUAUCUGGGUUAUAUCAGGGACCUGCAGGCAUCCUGCAAUCAUAGUUGAAUCAAUUGAAAACCACUCAAGCCCUUAGUUUCACAUCCCCUCUUCUCAUAUCCCCUUCGGCCAAUGCAAUAACCCUCCAUUCUGGAGACCAUCUGUGACAUAAUUAACUUUAACCAGAGUGGCCUCUGAUGCAUCAGACAGUGCAAUGAUGGACAGGUAAGGACACAGAACGGGUAGGUGAGGACACAGAGAGGAGUAGGGGGUAGGUGAGGACACAGAGAGGAGUAGGGGGUAGGCGAGGACACAGAGAGGAGUAGGGGGUAGGCGAGGACACAGAGAGGAGUAUGGGGUAGGUGAGGAUAGAACAGACGCUAUGGAUCCCUAGCAUGGGCGUGAGCUGCCAGUAUUGACACUCACUGAAUGUAAAUCAUAUGUGAAUCGUUUCCUUAGGCCUUUGAUGAAGUGUGGAUGUCCCAUAUGUACAGGACUCAGUGACAGGGUGUGUCUAUGUCUGUCUGUCUGACUCUCAUUCUCUCUCUUGCUCUCUAUGCCUCUCUGUCCAUCCUACAGAAGGCAGUGAUAACCCAAGUGUCUCCAGACAUCCUGUAUCUGUUCAGAGUCCAGGCAGUGUGCCAGAGAGACCUACGCAGUGACUUCAGCCAGACACUGCUCUUAAGAGGUAACCACACACCAUACAUAACACGGCAUAUACAGUACAACCCUAUGGAUGAAGUCACAUAAUCCUAAAUACUAAGAACAAACUCUUGUCUUUGUUCCAAAUGCAUGUGUAACCUUUUCCUCUGUUUACUAUUCUAGCUAACACCACCAGGAUAUUUGAGGGAACACGGAUAGUGAAAACUGGAAUGGUGAGUAAAGUGCAGAUCAUUUGUGUUGUCCAGAAGAUGGCAGCAUAACAAUUUAUUCUGUGAUGUGCCAACAUGAUUUGAAAUGGCAGGAUACUGACUCUCUCUCUCUCUCUCUCUCUCUCUCUCUCUCUCUCUCUCUCCUCUCUCUCUCUCAUCUCUCUCUCUCUCUCUCUCUCUCUCUCUCUCUCUCUCUCUCUCUCUCUCUCUCUCUCUCUCUCUCGCUCCACCCCCCUACCCCUCUCCUUCCCUCUCCCCCCUCCCCCCCCUCUUUCCCCCAGCCCACCAUCUCCCCAGCCUCCUCGGCAGACAUGGCUCCUAUCAGCUCAGGCUCCUCCACCUGGACCUCCUCUGGUCUCCCCUUCUCCUUCAUUUCCAUGGCUACGGGGGGCAUCGGCCCAUCCUCCAGCGGCAGUCAGGCCACAGUGGCAUCGGUGGUGACCAGCACCCUGCUGGCCGGCCUGGGCUUCAGCGGAGGGGUCAUCUCCUCCCUGCCUGGCUCUCUCUGGCCCACCCAGGCCCCUGCAGCCAGCCCUGGGUCUAACCCUGGCCCGGGUCCCAACCCCAGCCGCCAGCCUGCCCAGUCCCAGGCCUCCACUGAGCCCCCUACAGCCCCUCUGGGUGGUUCUGACACGGACACCCCCACAGAGGAGAAGGAGGCGGGGGUGGACAGGGAGGCCGAGGGGGAGGAGGGAGAGGGAGAGGAGGAUGAAGGGGAAGACGACAGGAGGAAGAAGAAUAACAAGACAGCGCCUGAUGAGGUGGAGACGCAGCUGAACGGCACAGUGGUCAAUGAGCCCUCCUCCUACACCCCCACCCCCACAGCCAAAGAGAAAGGACAGGGGCAGGGAGAGCCUGUGGCUAACAGCACCACUGUGCCUCCCAGUGUAAGGGAGGACCGACUGGUCAGAGUGGACAGUAGCUCAGGGCCCACAGUGCAGCCAAAGAACGACACAGCAGAGAGAGAGAUGCAGAUUCCCCAGAGCCCAACACGAUCCCCAAAGACUGGUGGGGAGGAGAAGAGCCUUUGGCCUUUCUCUGUCCACACUGGUGAGUAGAACUCUCCGUAUAACCCAUAUAUUUUUCCUAUUUUUAGCACAACUACACUGAACAAAAUGAUAAACGCAACAUGCAACAAUUUCAAAGAUAUAAGGAAAUCUUUCAAUUGAAAUAAAUUCAUUAGGCCCUAAUCUAUGGAUUUCACAUGACUGGGAGUACAGAUAGGCAUCUGUUGGUCACAGAUACCUUUAAAAAAAAGGGAUCUGGUGUGACCACCAUUUGCCUCAUGCAGCACGACACAUCUCCUUUGCAUAGAGUUGAUCAGGCUGUUGAUUGUGGCCUGUGGAAUGUUGUUCCACUCCUCUUCAAUGGCUGUGUGAAGUUGCUGGAUAUUGGCGGGAACUGGAACAUGCUGUCAAUCCAGAGCAUCCCAAACAUGCUCAAUGGGUGACAUGUGUGGUGAGUUUGCAGGCCAUGGAUGAACUGGGUCAUUUUCAGCUUCCAGGAAUUGUACAGAUCCUUGCUACAUAGUGCCGUGCAUUAUCAUGCUGAAACAUGAGGUGAUGGCGGCGGAUGAAUGGCAUGACAAUGGGCCUCAGGAUCUCGUCACGGUAUCUCUGUGCAUUGAAAUUGCCAUUGAUAAAAUGUAAUUGUGUUCAUUGUCCGUAGAAAUACGUUUUUUGUGAGUAUGGAAAGUUUCUGGGAUUUUUUAUUUCACCUCAUGAAACAUGGGACCAACACUUUACAUGUUGCACUUAUAUUUUUAUUCAUUAUAGUUGUACAAUGGAGAUAUUCUACACAAUAUUUAGACCUAUAAAAUGUAAUUUUAGUUUGCUGGAUCACCCUUAACCCCACUGCAGCCUGUCAUGUUAAACAGGCUGUGUUAUUAUAUAUGGUCAUAUCAACAGUAAAUAUGAGACAGACAGGGCCUAUUUUAUACGUUAGCCUUGGGACCAUCCCCAGCUUCAGUAUGUGGCAAUAGACUGAGACAAAUAGCUCAAUUUCUGAGUGCCACCAUAAUAUCACAGAGAGAGAGCCCUUGAGAAAGUAAUGGAACUAUUCUACAGCCUGAGGGGCCAUUACCUAGCCUGAAGGGCCAUUACCUAGCCUGAGGGGCCAUUACCUAGCCUGAGGGAGCAUUACCUAGCCUGGGGGGCCAUUAGUUUGGGGCAUGCUCUGAGGCAUAUUUUCAGGAGCAAACUGCCUGCCUGCCUGCCUGCCUGCCAGCCUGCCAGCCAGGAAGAAAACAGAGAAAGUAAACCAGGGUAUUUGUUUUAUGAAUAACAAAGUGUUUGUCGAUGCUCCAUUAUAAAUGUCCUUAUUCAUUCUGAAUAAACUCAUUUAGAUGAGUCGCGCUCCAAGCCUCAGGGUUAACCUAGUCACUUAUCCUACUGAUGAGGCCAUCACACUGAAAUUAUUAUUAUUAUUAUAUAAUUUUUCUGAAGUGGAACUGGUUGUUUGAAGGCUGAGAUUUCCCUGAGUGGCCCAAAUAUUCUGACUUUGAUUUGUGUUAAAGUGUUUUGGGUGUAGAUGUCUGACACAGCCUGUGUGUAUGUCUCCCCUUCCACCCCUCCACCUCCACCUUUCCAGACAGGACCAGUGUGUUCAACAUGACCCGCAGCCCUCACCCUGGGGUGGGCAGGAUGGAGUGGAUCGUCCCUCUGGUGGUGGUCUCAGCCCUCACCCUGCUCUGCCUCAUCAUGCUACUAGCUGUCCUGGUCUACUGG